AUGGCGGCGCGCGAGGAGGGCGACGACGCCACGGACGCGCUCGUCGCGGUGCUGGGCGGAAAGGUGCACAUCUCUCGUCGCCGCCCGGACUUCACGCUCCCGCCGUUGCAUCGCGAUCUGCGCCUCUCGUCGCACGCGCCGCUCGCGGACGCGUCCUCGAGCGGCGGCGGCGGCGGGCGCGCGACGUGCCCCACGUGCGCCGCGUCGAGGCGGUUCUUCUGCCACGGAUGCCUCCUCCCGCUCGUGCCGUUCCCGCGCGUCCGGUUGCCGUGCGACGUCUACUUCGUCACCGACCGUCGACAGCGCGCGUCGAACGCGACGGGCGUGCACGCGGCGCUGUCGUCCCCCGAUCGCGUCACGCUGUGCGCCGCGAGCGACGUCCCCGCGCUGGACCCGAGACACGCGGUCCUGAUGUUCCCGUCCGAGGAUGCCACGUCCGUCGCGGAGCUCGUCGCGGCGCGCCGCGCCGGGUUCGCGCGCGGGAGCGACGGCGACGGCGACGCGACGGACGAGCGGGAACGACGGGAACGCGAACGCGGCGGCGUCCGCGCGGUCGUAAUCAUCGACAGCAAGUGGCAGGGCGCGUCGCUGAUCGCCUCCUCGCCGCGCCUGAGAAACCUCCCGCGCGUGUCCCUCAAACGCCACCGCACGUCGUUCUGGAGGUUCCACCCGCAGCCGAAGAGCCAGGAGAAGCGCGACGCGCGCGACGCGCUCAAGGCGAGAGGGGAGGACGACGGCGACGAGAGGGUGUGCUCGAUCGAGGCGCUGUUUUUUUUUCUCCGCGAGCUCCACGACGCGCUCGGGACGCACGGGGAUGGGGACGGGGGGGGACGCGGGGACGACGCGCGCGGGGACGAUGACGACGGGACGUGCCACUGCUUCGAUGACCUUCUGUGGUACUUCGCGUGGCAGCACAAGGUGAUCGCCGAGGACGCGGCGACGCGGGAGUACCACCCGAUCGCGCCGCAGCGGUUGAAGCGCCGAGGACGCGCGGCGGCGGCGGCGGCGGCGGAGGGAGACGACGACGCGUUCGACGACGACGACGACGAUAGGAAUUAG